AUGAAACCCCAUUUUCCUCUGAUUAAGUCCUCCGAAAAUAUUCAAUUUGUCAGUGCCAUUGCCGUGGCGGCAGGCCCCGCCCCGCGCACCCAGCCGACUGUGUCUGCUAUCCCCACCCCUGUCUACCAGGCUAUCCCACCCCCGUCUACCAGGCUAUCCCCACCCCCCGUCUACCAGGCUAUCCCCACCCCUGUCUACCAGGCUAUCCCCACCCCCGUCUACCAGGCUAUCCCCACCCCUGUCUACCAGGCUAUCCCCACCCCGUCUACCAGGCUAUCCCCACCCCGUCUACCAGGCUAUCCCCCUCACCCCGUCUACCAGGCUACCCUCACCCCGUCUACCAAGCUACCCCACCCCCCGUCUACCAGGCUAUCCCCACCCCCCGUCUACCAGGCUAUCCCCACCCCCGUCUACCAGGCUACCCUCACCCCCGUCUACCAAGCUACCCCACCCCUGUCUACAAGGCUACCCCCACCCCGUCUACCAUGCUACCCCCACCCCGUCUACAAGGCUACCCCCACCCCCGUCUACCAGGCUAUCCCCACCCCCCGUCUACCAGGCUAUCCCCACCCCCGUCUACCAGGCUAUCCCCACCCCGUCUACCAGGCUAUCCCCCUCACCCCGUCUACCAGGCUACCCUCACCCCCGUCUACCAAGCUACCCCACCCCUGUCUACAAGGCUACCCCCACCCCGUCUACCAGGCUACCCCCACCCCUGUCUACAAGGCUACCCCCACCCCCCGUCUACCAGGCUACCCCACCCCGUCUACCAGGCUGCCCCCACCCCUGUCUACCAGGCUACCCCACCCCUGUCUACAAGGCUACCCCCACCCCUCACCCCACCUUACCUAA